AUGAGAAACCUUAUAUUUGAGCAGUCUGAUCGAACAACCCCAGAAUAUGCUUCAAACAAGCUACAAUAUGCCUGGGAAUCUAUACGAAACCCAGUGAUCAUACCACUCUUGAAACUAGCUGUCAUACUGUGCUCAGGUAUGUCAAUCAUGCUGUUUGUUGAAAGAGUACUCAUGGCACUUGUGCUAUUUGGGGUUAAAGUGUUGAGGAAGAAGAAAUACACCAAGUACAACUUGGAUGCCCUGAAACAAGACCUAGAAAGAAACAAACACUACCCCAUGGUGUUGAUCCAGAUACCUAUGUAUAAUGAGAGAGAGGUCUACAAGCUUUCCAUCGGAGCAGCAUGUGCACUUUCAUGGCCAUCUGACAAGCUCAUAGUCCAGGUUCUUGAUGACUCCACUAAUCAAGUCUUACGGGAAUUGGUUGAACAGGAGUGUCAUAAAUGGAUACGGAAAGGUGUUAAUGUCAAGUAUGAAACUAGGAAUAAUCGAAAUGGUUACAAGGCUGGUGCCCUAAAAGAGGGUUUGGAGAAGGAAUACGUCAACAAUUGUGAGUUUGUGGCAAUUUUUGAUGCAGACUUCCAGCCAGAUCCGGAUUUAUGGAGAACCAUUCCUUACCUGCUUCAGAACCCCAAGUUGGGCUUGGUUCAGGCCAGAUGGAAAUUUGUAAACUCAGAUGAAUGCAUAAUGACCCGAAUUCAAGAAAUGUCACUUGAUUAUCACUUCAAUGUUGAACAAGAAGUGGGUUCCUCAACCUACUCAUUCUUCGGGUUCAAUGGGACAGCAGGAGUUUGGAGAAUUAGAGCAAUAAAUGAUGCAGGGGGAUGGAAAGAUCGAACCACUGUUGAAGAUAUGGACCUUGCAGUCAGGGCUAGUCUUAAGGGCUGGGAAUUUGUUUUUGUUGGUGAUGUGGCAGUGAAAAAUGAACUACCAAGUACAUUCAAGGCCUAUCGAUAUCAGCAGCACAGAUGGUCAUGCGGCCCAGCGAAUCUCUUUAGAAAAAUGACCAAGGAAAUUAUCUGUUGUAGUAGGGUUUCAGCUUUCAAGAGAUUCCAUCUAGUCUAUGCUUUCUUUUUCGUGAGGAAGAUAGUUGCACAUUGGGUGACGUUUUUCUUCUACUGCAUAGUUAUACCAGCCAGUGUGAUAGUUCCAGAAAUCAGUCUUCAAAAGCAGAUUGCAAUAUACAUUCCAGCAACCAUUACAAUUCUAAAUGCAGUGUGCACCCCAAGGUCCCUGCAUCUUCUUGUACUCUGGAUACUUUUUGAGAAUGUCAUGUCACUCCAUCGGACUAAAGCAGCAAUUAUAGGAUUGUUGGAAGCAAAUCGUGUCAAUGAAUGGAUUGUCACAGAGAAGCUUGGUAAUGCAUUGAAACAAAAGAACAAUCCUAGGACAUCAAGGGAUUCACGAUUUCGAUUUCGAUUUCAAUUUAUGGAAAGAAUCCACCCACUGGAGAUUCUCAUGGGAAUGUUUUUGCUGCAUUGUGCAAUCUAUGACCUGCUAUUUGGGCACGACCAUUUCUUCAUCUAUCUGUUACUGCAGGCUGGAGCUUUCUUCACAAUGGGAUUUGGGCAGGUGGGAACAAUUGUCCCCAACUAAAUCGAAAAUGCAAUGAUCAUAAUAUUAGUGUAUUGUAUGACUUAAUCAGUACUUCUUGUGCUUGGGCUGUAAUUCUCGUAUGUUAUCUAUAAGUAUAAAGCUUAUAAGGAUGUUCCAGGCUAUGUACUAGCAGGACUAGAGCAUAUUUAGUUGGGAUCAUCAUGGUAGCCAUGGGCCGACCUGUAUCUUUGAAAUAUGCAUAGUUGAUAUA